AGUCAGAUCAUCAAUCAAAUAUCAAAAGUUCACUCGAAAAGCAAAAUUUCCAUUAUAGAGCAUCAGCCCUGGUGGUUUUAUACAAAAUCAUACUCCGACAAACAAAAAAUACAACAUUAAUACCUAAUCAUGGCCUUCGUUGCAGACGGAAAUACUUUCGACUUCAUCGUCGUCGGUGGUGGUACCGCCGGUAAUGCUGUUGCUGGUCGACUUGCCGAAAACCCUAAUGUCCGCGUUCUGGUUGUUGAGGCCGGUAUCCCCAACCCCGACCAGAUUGAGGAAAUAACCACGCCAUCAAAAGCUUUCACCCUCCGCGGCAGCAAAUAUGACUGGGCUUACAAGACCACCAUGAUCAAGCGUGACGACUACGAGCGAGUUGAGAAACCAAACACCCGUGGCAAGGCUCUCGGUGGAAGUACAUGCGCCAACUACUUCACCUGGAUUCCUGGCUCCAAGCCCACUUUCGACGACUGGGAGCAGUUCGGUGGCUCUGACUGGACCUGGGACAACUGUGUUGAGUACCUCCGCAAGUGUGCCACCUACCACGAUGACGAGAAUCUCUACUCUUCCGACCUCAAGAAGAUCGGAACUGGCGGCCCCGUCAACAUUUCCCACGCCGAUUUGGUCCCUGAGAUGAAGCCUUUCCGUGAUGCCCUCACUCAGGCUUGGCUUGACAAGGGUGGUGUCUUGACUGAGGACAUCUACUCUGGUGAGAUGCGUGGUUUGACACACUGUGUCGACACUAUCUACAAGGGUGAGCGCCAGGGUAGCUUCUUGUAUCUCAAGAACAAGCCCAACGUGACUAUUCUCUACGGAGUCUACUCAAAGAAGUUGAUCAUUGACCCAACUACCAAGGUCUGUUCUGGCGUUACUGUCAUUAGCGAAGUCUACGGCACCGAGAUUAGCGUCUAUGCUAGCCGCGAAGUCAUUGUUUCCCAAGGUGUCUUUGAGACCCCUAAGCUUCUCUUACUCAGUGGUAUUGGGCCUGCUGCCGAAUUGGCCAAGCACGGGAUUGAACCCGUGAUCGAAUCUCCUCACGUCGGUCAGCACUUGCUGGAUCACCCUAUCGUUCCUUUCGUCCUUCAGCUUAAGGAUGGAUACGCUCUUGACGACCACAUCCUUCGCCCAGGUCCUCUCAAUGAUGCCGCCAUUGCUAGCUAUAAGAAGGACAAGACUGGUCCUGCUAGCUCCGGUUUUUUGGAGCUUGUCGGUUUCCCCCGUAUUGACGAGCGCUUGAACAAGUACCCUGAAUACCGCGAAGCCAAAGUUGCUAAUGGUGGCCUUGAUCCCUUCGGACCUGCUGGUCAGCCUCACUUCGAGCUCGAUUUCGUCUCUCUCUGGAGCAGUGCCUUCCAGUGGCAUUACCCCAUGCCCGAGAAGGGAAGCCACAUGACCGUAAUUGUCGAUUUGCUUCGUCCUUUGUCCGAGGGUCAAGUUACUCUCAACAACGCCAACGCUCUUACUCAACCUAACAUCAACCUCAACUUUUUCGGCAAUGACCUUGAUAUCUUGGCCAUGCGUGAAGGUAUCCGGUGGACAUACGAUGUCUUGACCAAGGGUGCUGGGUUUAAGGACAUUGUUGUUGCUGAAUAUCCCUGGAAGAUGCCCCUUGAGUCUGACGUUGACAUGAGACGUGUUGUCUUGGACCGAAGCCAGACUGGUUUCCACCCUUGCGGUACUGCCCGUCUUUCCAAGAACAUCCACCAGGGUGUUGUCGACCCCAAACUCCGGGUCCACGGAAUUAAGAACCUCCGUGUUGCUGAUGCCUCUAUCAUCCCGGUUAUUCCUGACUGCCGUAUCCAGAACUCCGUUUACAUGAUUGGAGAGAAGGCUGCCGACAUCAUCAAGGCUGACCACAAGGACAUCUUUACAGCUAAGAACGUUCCUCACUUUGUCUCUAUGAGCAAGCUAUAAAGUGAUUAAUGAACUAAUGAUACAUCGUCUUUGAAAGAUCGAUCGAUGACUGCUACUUUGUUUGGACAGAACUGAGUUUUGUAUUCUGAUUUUCUUUUGUCAAUAAUAUUUGUCGCCGUUCCAACAUAGAUGUAUUUUGUUCCAUCAUUGGUGUUAGAGAUAUUUACGUACGGUUUUACCUAAUAUGUAUUUCAUUAUUGAUCUCCUA